AUGGGUAUCUCGCGCGAUUCCUGGCAUAAGCGCUACAAGACCGGAGCUACUCGUCCGGUCCCACACAAGAAGAGGAAGUUCGAGCUCGGACGCCCGGCCGCCAACACCAAGGUACAAUAAAUAGUUUUUCCAACGAUUUCAUAGUUUGUCUGGGUUUCAGAUCGGAGGCGAACGCGUUCGUCUCGUGCGCACUCGUGGAGGAAACGUCAAGCGCAGAGCCCUCCGUCUUGAUGCCGGAAACUUCUCCUGGGCUUCGGAGCGUAAGUUCAUUUCAUAUUAAAUUCAGGAUUUAACAAAAUUUAUUUCAGAGACCACUCGCAAGACCCGUAUCGUUGAUACCAUGUACAACGCUACCAACAACGAGUUGGUCCGUACCAAGACCCUCGUGAAGGGAGCCAUCGUCAGCGUUGACGCCGCUCCGUUCCGUCAAUGGUAUGAGGCUCACUACGCUCUUCCGCUGGCCAGAAAGAAGAACGCCAAGCUCUCCGAGGAGGAUAACGCUAUCCUUAACAAGAAGAGAUCCAACCAUACCCAAAGAAAGUACACCGAGCGCCAGAAGACCGCCGCUGUUGACGCUCUCCUUGUCGAGCAGUUCAACACUGGACGUCUCCUCGGUAAGACUUUUGCAAAAAUAGUUAACUGAUAAAAACUUGCUCAUUUUCAGCCCGCCUCUCUUCUUCCCCAGGACAAGUCGGACAGGCCAACGGAUACAUUCUCGAAGGAAAGGAACUUGAUUUCUACCUUCGCAAGAUCCGCGCCAAGAAGGCCAAGUAA